AUGUUUAGACGUUUUGAUGCCUCAAGCGUUAUCAAAGAUAACAUUAUAUAUGUUCUUGGAGGAUUUAAUGGAGGGCCUAUACCAGAAAUAUUGUUCCUCGAUCUUACCAAUUCAAUGACUAUAGGUUCACCACCAUGGUCACAGUCACUGAAACCCUCGCCUUUGGCAUUUUCAUCCAGCGGAGCAGUUCUUGGCGGUCCUAAUAAUAAUUUUAUAUUUAGUAGAAAAACAAUGGGUGACGCUACCCAGUUAAAUGAAAGAACUCAAUUUAGUAUUAUAAGUGAUAAUAAUGGAAAUGCUUAUCUUCACGGUGGUUAUAAUAAUGGCGUGUUUCUAGGUGAUACAUAUUUCUUUGAUACCAUUUCGAUUACUUGGACUAUGUUACUGGCACCCCAAAUUCCAAUAUUUGCAGAUGAAUUUUCUUCUGUACUGUUAAAUGAUGGUCGGUUGCUCAUCAUUAGAGGAUAUGGACCACCAGAGAAUGGUGUUCCUGUAUAUAGACCUAUUAGCCAG